GGGGGCUGAACCUCACAGGGGGCACAAGGGAAGCAUCCCUCCCUUAGAAACGGGGACAUGGGUGGGGAUGGAGAUGAGGGUGGGUCAUAGGCCCCGAGUAGAGUAGAAAGCUAAAAAGGGGUUGCCUGAGGUAGACAGACCUUGCCAAAGGAGGCAGCCAGCAUGCUUGACACACUCCUGGGUGCCCUCUGAAGCUGGAAGGCCCCACUCUGGGGGCAUCUUGGGAAGGCUGCGUUCUCUCCAUCACCCUUCAGGCUCCCCAGUGCCAUGCUGAACCCUGGGCUGCCCCAGGCCACUUAAGAGGGCACUCUGGGGACUGUUCUAGCUUUCCACCCCCCCACCUCAGUUAAAACUUAACCCCCUACACCCACUCAUCCCCCAGGGUCAGGCCCUCUGCUAGAAGACAAUUAUUUACCUGGUUAAACUCCUCUAAUCAGUUCACUGGCACAGAUGUGUUCACAUUGUUAUCCUUCCCCGCUAACCAGGGUGUAUUUGAACGGAGUCUUCUGGAAACAUCUCUAUCAAGGGAUUCGACUAGAUGGUCUCUGAGGUCCCUAUAGCUCUGACAGUCUAUGGUUCAUGAGAGGGAUGGAAUUUCAGAUAUUGUGCACAGGUGGGAGAAAUAAUUGGGGGCCAGGAGGACCUUAUGAUAGCUUUGUAUCACACCAAUGAGGAUAGCUGCCCGCCUAUUACCUAUGUUUAUGGGGGCCUUCAUGAUAAGAGGGGGCUCUCCCGCCAGAUUGUAUCACCAGAAUUUCUCCUUUUAGGGUGAAUUAAAGUUGUAGCCUCAAGGGGAGAUGGAGGCACGAUUGAAGGGGAGAUAGAAACUUGUACCUGGAAGCUUCACCUCCUGGCCACUCAGACACGACAGCCCAGCUUUGUCUGAAUCUGAUGCCUCCAGCUCACCCCACCUUCGCCCCUCCCCCCAGCACAGACCCCAUCUACAGGGAAACCUUUUACUCCUAGACCCAAGGGGAAGGACACAGCAGAUAGGAUAAGGGCUGAAGUGAGUGUUGCAGACCAAAUGCUGCCUGAGUUGAGGCUGAGGCGGGAAGGCUCAGGGAGAUUUCGGUGAGGAGGUGGACUCUGGCCAGGCCCAACAGCAAGGGUAAGGUUCCAGAUGCCGGCAGAACAGCAGAUAGCACAGGUCUGUGGAGAGCUGAUCCUGUCUGAAUGACUUUUCUUGGUUGAGACUUUAUUUCCUGUUUUUCCAGCUCUCGAAAACAGGGUGGAGGGAGAUGUGCAGAUGAUGAGGUGACUGACAUCUGCACGUGGGGGAGGGGGAACGGGGACCAAUUAUUGAGCAGUAAGGUCGCCUUUGCUUUCUGCCUUGUCCCAGAAAAAUGUUGGGAAGGGCGUGGUCAGACUACCCAGGGAGGGCGAAGUCUCCUCUGAGGAUGGUAUUGGAAAUGCAGGAAGAGGGAGGCUGAGGAAGGGUGGGGGAGAGGCUGAAGCAGGAAUUUUGGCUGGAGAGAACAGAGUGAGCCUGAACCACAGAGGAGGGAGGAUGGUAAGACAUGACACCCUGGGCUCUGGGCCAGAGAGCCUCCUCUCUGGAAGUACAUGGCCCCUGGGGCAGGAGGAAGCCACCUCACUCAUUCUGAUGACCUCAAACUAUCUCCGCACCACAGACCUUCCCAUCUUUUCCUUGCCCCUCAGAUCCAGGCUAUGCCGAUGGACAGGAUUCAUUUGUGCCCCCAAAGAAGUUCUGAGACACAGUUUUUCACUGAGUUAAGCUUCUGCCAGAGUCUCAGCAGUUUGGAUUCUUUUGGGGCACCUGAAAACAUGAAUAUCAAGGGCUCCUUAGAUGGGUGGAGCAAAAGAUGGUUCAGCAGUCAACUACUAGCCUCAAGGUUGGUGAUUCGAACACACCCAGAGGCACCUUGGAAGACAGGCCUGACAAUCCACUUUUGAAAGGUCACAGCCUUGAAAACCCUAUGGAGCAGUUCUAUUCUGUAAUACAUGGGAUCACCAUGACUUGGAAUCCACUCGAUGGCAGCUAACAACAGUAAUAGACCACAAACUAAAGGGGUAUUCCCUGCGGGGAGCAGGGGUGGGCUGCUGACUGGUCACGUGUCCUCCUGCACCCAGAAUAAAGUUGGGGCAGAGCAAGCAGGAUGGGGAGAUCUGAGAAUCCUUCUUUUCAAACUUCUGACUCCGGGGAAUCUGGGUCAGACAAAAUAGAGGCUGUGAAUUAUGAAAAAGAGGAGGAAAAGAGAAAAAGGCAUUUGGUGAAUGUAUGUGUUGGGGGGGGUGGGGGGAGGAAGUGAGAGGAUGGCAGACGGAAAGAAGUAGAAUAAAGAGGAGAUAUUUCUCUCCCUCUCCCCACCCCUCCUCCCUGCCCCCAUCACUGUCCUAAAUCACCGAUUCCUUUCCCUUCAUUUCUCCUCUGCAUCACUGGUCAGUCACCAGAGAAGGUGGAAACCCAGGGCAGUUUCUGUGCAGCAAAGUGAGGGACCUUGAUUCAGCCUCCUGCCCACUUUUUUACACUUUUACUCACUUCCUGCCUGGGGCAGAAGAUAGCCCUGCCCUUCUGGCUUAUCUCAGCAAAGUGCCCAGCCCAGCUCAGAAGGCAGUGAGGGCCUGAGGAACCUGGGCCCCGGAUGUGUAUAUGGAAGCUGAAGCAGAGACAUGGGGAGGAGAAAGUUCCCACUACCGAUGAAGCUGUGACCAAAAGCAUCCAACCACUGGCAGCCAUCUGCCCUUGCUGCUCUGCGUCUGCUUGCUUUGGAAUCCUCUGUGCUACCUCCAGGCCCCUACCUUGGAUGUGAACUCGAUGCCAGAACCGUGGUGUUCCCUGUGAUGACCCCAGCCUAGGUCCCCCUCUCACUUUGGCAAGAUGUUGCCCAACUCCACAGCCAACACCAGUACUACCAACAACUCCGUUCCAUGUCCAAACUACCAGCCAACCCACCACCUGCACAUGGUGGUCUACAGCCUAGUGCUGGCCGCUGGGCUCCCCCUCAACUUGCUGGCCCUCUGGGUCUUCCUGCGCGCGCUACGUGUGCACUCUGUGGUGAGCGUGUACAUGUGCAACCUGGCGGCCAGCGACCUGCUCUUCAGCCUGUCGCUGCCCGUACGCAUCUCCUACUAUGCACGGCACCACUGGCCCUUCCCAGACCUCGUGUGCCAGACAGCAGGCGCCAUCUUCCAGAUAAACAUGUACGGCAGCUGCAUUUUCCUCGCGCUCAUCAACGUGGACCGCUAUGCCGCCAUCGUGCACCCGCUGCGGCUGCGCCACCUGCGGCGGCCCCGCGUGGCACGGUACCUCUGCUUUGGCGUGUGGGCGCUCAUCCUGAUGUUUGCCGUGCCCGCUGCCCUCGUGCACAGGCCCUCACGCUGCAGACACGCGGACAGGGAGGUGCGCCUGUGCUUCGAGAGCUUCAGUAACGAGCUGUGGAAGGGUCGGCUGCUGCCGCUGGUACUGCUGGCCGAAGCGCUGGGCUUCCUGCUGCCCCUGGUGGCUGUGGUCUACUCAUCGGUCCGGGUCUUCUGGACGCUGGCGCGACCCGACGCCACGCAGAGCCAUCGGCGGCGGAAGACAGUGCGCCUCUUGCUGCUCAACCUCAUCAUCUUCUUGCUGUGCUUCGUGCCUUACAACUCCACGCUGGCAGUCUACGGGCUGCUGCGGGGCCAGCUAGUGGUGGCGAGCGAGGCGGCCCGCGACCAGGUGCGCAGGGUGCUGAUGGUGAUGGUGCUGUUGGCCGGCGCCAACUGUGUGCUGGACCCGUUGGUGUACUACUUCAGUGCCGACGGUUUCCGAAACACCUUGAGGGGCCUGGGCACUCCGCUCCGGGCUAGGACCUCGGCCACCAACGGGGCUCAGGAAACGCUGGCCGUAUGGCCCGCUGAGACCACCCGCACCACCAUUCCGGAUGCCACUAGUGAGCGGCUUCUCCGGCCCUCCAACCCCCGGACGCCCUUUACCCAGAGCCUCCAGGAAUCGGCCCUCUGAAUGCUCGCAGCGCCAUCUCGCCAUCAACCCACCCAUGCCCCCUCAUCACCUUUCUGUCUUGCAGGCUGCAUGGUGUGCACAUGAGGUGGGGUGAGCACCUGUACUUCUUGGAAUGCAAUCCCAGCUCAUAAAUGCCGAAAAGAACAAAAUGUGGAAGCAAGGAGCACAGUAAAGGAAGUGUGCUGGUGGAAAAUCUUUGAAUUGUGGUGAUGGUGAGCACAGGUCUUUUCCCCAGCGGUAGGAAGUGAUGCAGUAAGCCUGCCCUUGCAGAGGCACAAGACUGGAUGAGAUGCCCUUGGCGGGAGUAGAAGGUGAUUGAGGGAGGAGAAAACCAGUUAUCGUGGAUUUAGACCCACCACAGCAGUCUGAAAGCUGAAGAGCCUCAGGCCUUGGUGAACCAAGCUACUGAGAAGUUCAACUGCUGACUUCUUUGGGGAGCGUAGUUCGAUGGAAGCCAUCUCCUCUCAUCUCAACCUGGGCGUCCUCUGCUCAGCAUUGAGGUGUAAUAAAUAUGGAGAAAAAGAGUUUAUUUAAUAUGGACGAGAUUGGGUUCAUUCUCGUUUAAGUGGCUUGCAACAACUUAUACCCAGCCCCCAGCCUGGGGAAAACCUGGUGGUGUAAUGCUUAAGAGCUACAGCCGCUAAUCAAAAGGUCGGCAAUGCAAAUCCACCAGGUGCUCCUUGGAAACCUUAUCAGGCAGUCCUACUCUGUCCUAUAGGGUUGCUAUGAGUCAGGAUCGACUCCACAGCAAGGAGUUUGGUUUUGGGUUUUACCCAGCAUGGGUAAUUGGGGGCAGGGCAAAACUGUGAGUUAGAGAAGUCCUGUCAGUUUCCCCCUCGGCACAGAGAUCCUGGUCCCUAUUCCCCUUUCUCCCUUCUCUCUCCAUGUCACUCCCCUUUCAGGGCCUCCUCCAUUCUAGGUCCUUAGUGUUUUCUCUCUCUUUUUCUCUGCCUGAGGUGGGAGUAAGGAGAAAAUUCUUUGUACUAAAGGGGCCUGGGACCCCCUUUAAACUUAAAAAUUGAGGAUCCCAAAGAGCUUUUGCUUAUGCUUUGUUCUGUGGACAUUUACCAUAUUAGAAAUUAAAACCAGUAAGUUUUUAUAGCACAGGAAUGCACAAGCACACAUUCCAUCAACUGUGAGAGCAAAAAUGCCAUCACACAUCAUGACGACUCUGGAAAACUCCACGAUAUACUUGUGAGAGAAUAAGAGUGAAAAGGGCAAGUGGCAUCUUAGUAGUAUUAUUAUGAAAAUUGUUUUGACCUCAUUGACUUCCUCAAAGGCUUGGUUCCUGGAUCAUACUUCAAGAGCCAUACCUGUACUAAAGUAUUGAGUUCGUGUGUAACUCCUUCCCAGGGCAUUAUAUAUUUAUAUACAGUGUUCUAUUUAUUUAUUUUGGCGGGGGGAGCAAAAUAGGAGCAGCACCAAAUGGAACAUUACCUUGAGCUUACUGUGCGGCAGCCUUGAGGUGGGGGUGGAACUAAUUACACAAACUCUCAGGGAGAGGGGGAGGAGCUGGGCCCUAGGCAGGAGACAAGAGUUUAUAGGGAAGUAAGUGUGAGAUUGGAGGACAGGUAUAGGUUGUCUGUUCUUAGCGAACUGGGGACAAGGUAAAUGGAAGGCUGGUUCAUGUGCAGGUUACUGUUUCCUCUUUAGCCAAGUUGGUGGGGAUGGGCAGGAGGGUCUGCAGAGUUGAUAAUUAUGACUUUUUUCUUCAGGCCCUGACAUUAGUGAGGGAAUUAACGCCAUGCAUGUGUCCUGUCUUUCAAUACUAUACGUUUCUCUGGGUGUGCAUGUGUGAGAGAGGGGCAAUGUCAGGGUUUUCCUAUGUGUGUCUCCUUGUGUUGUAGUUGGAGUAAAUAAACCUUUUGUGUGUGUCUUUUUUUACGGGAUGCCUCCAGAUGGUGAUUUACAGGAGUAAAAUGACCCCUGGUGGCCAAACUAGAGAACUGACCCAGAUUCCUCAAUGAUAGCCAUGAAGUCAGAGCCGCCUUGGACAAGUUAGAGGCAUCUCAUGGGCCAGGUCCUUACUCCACACCUGCUUAGCUCUGCUUCAGUCUCCCAGUUCAGGAACUGUGCCCUUCGUGUUCUGGGAGUACCAGCAGCGCUUAACCUUGUAAUCCAAAGCCUCAGCACGUUGCCCUACCCAACAGAACUGAAUUGAACAGUAAAAUUAAAAAAAAAAAUUACUUGAGUGACUUUUACAUGCAGAUAUGUAAGUGAAUUCCAAUGUAAUUAAAACUCAUGCAGCACGUAUCAGCUUCUAACAUACUAUAUAAUUUACUUAUUUAUUAUAGUUUUUUUAUAGCUUAUUAUCUGUCUCUUCCUCUCCCACCCAAGUAGAAUGUAAGCUCCUUGAGGGCAAGGAUUUUUGUUUGUCUACUUCUCUGAUGUAUCCCAGAAGAAGUGCUCAAUAAAUAUUUGUCGAAUGAAUGAAUGGUUGGAUCUUGCCUCAGAGUAGUUUCCUAUCUGAUGAGGGCCAUAGAACAAGUAAAUAGUAACUAUAAUGCAAGGCAGAAGAUCCAGGAAUGCAGGUAACUGUUGGCAGUUGAUUUAGUCGGCAAUGUGAAGCCCCAAAGUCUCCUGAAUGAGGUUUUUUUCACCCUGACAUACUGUGUAGGAUAAACUGUAGGGCAAAUAAGAUGGGAAGAGUCUAGGGGAAGAGAAACUGGUGAGGGAGCUAUUAAAAUAAUCCAGAAGUGUGACUGUGACCUGUGGAAGCAAAUGGAAAUGGUUUGUCUCCAGUGUGAAAUCUCUGGUAUUCAAGAUCUGGUGGGACACUUAUAUUCAUUCAUAUAUUCUAAGGGCUUCCAUCACCAGAACAGAGGCAAGAAUAGAUUAAGGAGACAUUGCAGGCAGAGGAACAAUGGGCAGAACCUAACAAAUAACAGACUUUGGAAGUUUAAGAAAACCUAUCACCACUGCCAUUUUCAUAGGAUUCCCAGUUACAGGGUGGGCAGUACCGUGGAGGCAAGCUCUGGGAUGUCGAUAGGUCUCACCCCAUGCCCUGGGGUUACUCUAUUUGAGAUCUAGGAAAGGGAGGAAAAGGAGAAAGUCUUAGCGAGGGAAGAACAUUUACAAUUUUUGUUUGCUUGUUUUGUGUGUGUUUAAUACUCUUGUGUCUGCCAAGAUUUCAACAUAGUGCUCAAGAUGUAUUAUCUUAUUUAAUUAUUGCAAUAACCGUCUUGAGUUAGGUACAAUUAUUAUCCCCAUUUUAUAGUCUAAACACCUUAGAGAAGCUGAGGUCUCAAGGUCACGGAAGUGGCACAGUAUCUAUUUGGUUUCCAAAUUCCUACUCUUUGCACCCCCUUUUACAGGUACCUCCAACCUUCCUCUUCCUGGCUCCAUUAUAACCCCCCACCCUCGCUUCCUUUCUUUUCCUUCCCUCCUCAGGUAGACCACCUCUCUCACCUUCCCCCUUCCUCCACAAUGAAUCUGCUGUCUGUAUGUUUUCUAGCUCCUUUUUCCCAGGUGUUCCUCCGUGCUUAUUAUCCACUUACCCUACAGCACACAUGCCCCUUCCCACUCCGCAUGCCCCAGCCCCCUGUCCUCAACACAGUGUGGGUGUGUCAGGGCUAAGAACUGGACUGACUCAGGGUUCCAGCUGAAUUGGGCCCUGAAACACACCUCAUCAAAGGGCUCUGGAAGGAGAAGCUUGGUGGUGGAGGUGGCACACACAGGCAGGAUGGAUCAGCCUUCAUGCAGUUGGUCUUGAUACCCACCCCCCCCCCAACCUGGAAUGUACUCAACAUCGCUAAUGCAGCAGUCUUUAUUGUCUACCACCUAAACUGAUGAGGGCACCUCACCUUGGUUCUUCAUUUCUCCAAGUCUGUCUCCUCUGUAAGCAGAUUCCCCCGCAUGGUGGGAGUGGUAGGGGGUGAAGAGUGACAAUCACUUGGUUUUGAAAUAAAUUCAGGAGAACCAGGGCAGAGGUGAGGGAUCCUAAAGGAGGACAGAGAUACCUCACUCUUAGCCUUGAACCAUCUUGAGGGAAAUCCCUGCUUGACUGCUACCUGGGGUUCCAUGGAAGAAAUGGGCAAGGUUGCGGGUGGGGUGGGUGUUAAUUUCUCAUCAACCCUCUCUUCUCCAUUCUUUCAAGAGGUCCUGGAGACAAAGAGAGGCUGGGGGUAAUUCUACCAUGCUAUACUUUCCAGAGCAUUGAAGCACUGAAAAAGGAAGUUUCUCACACAGGGUUUGGGGAAUCCCAAAGGUUCCCAGAACUUUGGGGUCAAACAAACCUGGAUACUAAUUUCAGCUCUGCCACUUCUAGGAAAUGUGACUUUAGGCAAAUUACUUGGCCUCUCUGAGCUUCUUAUUUUCUCCUUUGUGAAAUGGAGAUUAUAAUAUGUACUUAUUGGGUUGUUGGGAGGGCAAUGAGAUCACCUUUGAAAGGCACCUGGGAGGCAUCCUGUAAAUGGGAGCUCUCUUUCCAACAGGAGUAUGGGGAGGGGGUGCUAUUGGUAAAGUCUGUUUGUGAUGCCCAAGGGGAGCAUUUCUGGAAGACGGCAAGGGCUCCAGGUGAAUCCUCACCAAGACAGGGCUCUGCCAGCAAUCAGAACUAGGGCCAGGGGAACCGGGUGAGCAAAGCAGGCUGGGUAAGUUUCCAUGGUGCUAGGUCAAGAAGACAGUUUUCAGGGGUAGUGACUGGCCUGUAGCCCUCUGGGGGCACUUGCUCCCUGCUAAGCUGAUGUCCAUCCCACAGAGACAAGGAGUAGGUGGAAAAGUGUGUGAAAGGAAGAGGACAGGGGACAUAGUAAGAACAAGUAAAGGAGAAAGGGCAAGGGAAGAGGCUGGAGGGGAAGUAAGGGCCCAGGGAGGCACAGGGUGCGGCUGAGAGAGGGGCCCAGGGCAGGAGGGCGGGAGAGAGCCUGGAAGGGAAGAGACAACUGAGGGAGGGAGGGACAGGGAGAGAGACCGGCGGCGCUGACACAGCCUCGAUGUGUGGAACGGGCUGGGGUUUGGCCCACAGGUCAGGCGUCUGGCAGUAUUAUGGGAUGGAGAGGCCUUAGGAGACAGGGAGAGUAUUAUGGGCUGGAACAGUCUUAGGAGACUGGGGAAUAUUAUGGGCUGGUGAGGCCCGGCUCCAACUGGAGGCGGGAGGAAGGGGUGCGGGGCGGGAAGGGGGGGUAGUGGUGGAAGGGAGUAUUAUGGGCUGGAGGCCUCC